AUGGGGCUCUCAUUAAAACGUCAAUUAUUGAAUGUGAAUCCAUGUACAGUUAGGCUUCUAUUUGAGCUGGUGGUUUUGUCAUGCUUGUGGAUGCAAGUUACAGGCCUUGGUUCCAUGUCAUCCAUUGCCAUCUCAUAUGGCGAAAAGGGUUCUGUGUUUUGUGGUUUGAAAUCUGAUGGCUCUCACACAGUGACAUGUUAUGGAUCCAACUCGGCCAUAAUCUAUGGAACACCUGCCCAUUUCUCAUUUCUUGGUCUAACAGCUGGAGAUGGCUUUGUUUGUGGGCUUCUAAUGGGUUCCAAUCAACCAUACUGCUGGGGUAGCAGUACCUACAUUGAAAUGGGAGUGCCUCAACCUAUGAUCAAAGGAGCACAGUACAUAGAAAUCAGUGCUGGUGAUUAUCAUGUUUGUGGCUUGAGGAAACCUUUGACUGGAAGACACAGGUACAUUUCCUUGGUUGAUUGCUGGGGCUACAACAUGACCAGGAACUAUGUGUUUGGGGGACAGAUUGAAUCAAUCACAGCUGGUUCUGAAUUCAAUUGUGGUCUUUUUUCUCAGAACAGGACUGUGUUCUGCUGGGGUGAUGAGACUAAUAGCCUAGUAAUUAGUUUGAUUCCACAAGACAUGAGAUUCCAGAAAAUUUCAGCUGGUGGGUAUCAUGUGUGUGGAAUCUCAGAAGGAGUGAAUUCCAAGACUGUUUGUUGGGGGAGAAGCUUGAACCUUGGGGAAGAAAUUUCAGUGGCACACACAGGUCAAGGAAACGUCGAUUUGGCUCCAAAUGAUCCCAUGCUUUCUGUAGUGGGAGGGAAGUUCCAUGCGUGUGGCAUUAAGAGCUAUGAUCGUGGUGUUAUUUGUUGGGGCUUUGUUAUCAAACGAAGCACUCCAUCUCCUAGAGGGAUUAAGGUUUUUGAAGUUGCAGCUGGUGAUUAUUUUACUUGUGCAGUGCUUGCUGAGAAAUCUCUUAUGCCUUCAUGUUGGGGUGUUGAUUUUCCCACCUCACUUCCUUUAGCUGUUUCACCGGGAAUGUGUCAACCUGCUCCAUGCCCUCCUGGUUCCUAUGCUAUUGGUCAGCAGCAUAAGGGUCUUUGCAAAUCACCAGAUUCUCGUGUUUGCAUGCGAUGCAGUGGUGCAUGUCCUCCUGAAAUGUAUCAGAAGAGUCCAUGCAAUUGGGCUUCUGAUAGAAUGUGUGAAUAUAACUGUGCCUCUUGCUCUUCAUCGGAAUGCUUCUUGAACUGCUCCUCUUCACAUUCCAAUGCUUUCACUGAGAAGAAAACUGAAAAAUUUUGGGCUUUGCAGCUGCCAGUUGUCAUUGCUGAGAUUGCUUUUGCAGUUUUCAUUGUUAGUGUAGUGACAAUAACUGCAGUUUUAUACGUCCGCUACAGGCUAAGAGAUUGUGAGUGUUCAAAAGGUUCAAAGGUGAAGAAACUCAUUGGGAAUUCUUCCCUGCAAAACGAGAAUAAGGUCAGGCCAGACUUGGAGGAGUUUAAGAUCAGAAGGGCUCAAAUGUUCACGUAUGAGGAACUUGAAAGUGCAACUUGUGGAUUCAAUGAAGAGUCCGUAGUGGGGAAGGGAAGUUUCUCGUGUGUGUUCAAGGGAGUGUUGAAAGAUGGGACAGUAGUUGCUGUGAAAAGGGCCAUAGUGUCUCCCAACAUGCAGAAGAAUUCCAAGGAGUUUCACACUGAACUUGACUUGCUCUCAAGGUUAAACCACGCUCAUUUGCUCAACCUUCUAGGCUAUUGUGAAGAAGGUGGAGAGAGACUUCUUGUGUACGAGUUCAUGGCUCAUGGCUCUUUGCACCAACACUUGCAUGGAACAAACCAAGUGUUGAGAGAACAGUUAAAUUGGAUAAGAAGGGUCACUAUUGCAGUGCAAGCAGCACGGGGAAUUGAAUAUUUGCAUGGCUACGCUUGCCCUCCCGUGAUUCACAGAGAUAUCAAGUCCUCAAACAUUCUCAUCGAUGAAGAACACAAUGCGAGAGUGGCGGAUUUUGGUUUAUCAUUGUUGGGUCCUGCAGAUAGUGGUUCACCACUGGCUGAACUCCCAGCUGGGACUCUUGGAUAUCUUGAUCCUGAAUACUAUAGGCUUCAUUACCUCACAACAAAAUCAGAUGUCUAUAGUUUCGGUGUUCUUCUUUUGGAAAUUCUAAGUGGUAGAAAAGCCAUUGACAUGCAAUAUGAAGAAGGGAACAUAGUGGAAUGGGCAGUGCCUCUUAUAAAGUCAGGAGAUAUAAUUGCAAUUUUGGACCCGGUUUUGAAACCCCCUCCUGAUCUUGAAGCCUUGAAGAGAAUAGCCAACGUGGCUUGUAAGUGUGUGAGGAUGAGAGGGAAAGAGAGACCCUCAAUGGAUAAAGUAACAACAGCAUUGGAGAGAGGUCUUGCACAGUUAAUGGGUAGUCCAUGCAUUGAGCAGCCUAUUUUGCCCACUGAGGUGGUUUUAGGAAGCAACAGAUUGCACAAGAAAUCAUCUCAAAGAUCCUCCAACAGGUCAAUUUCUGAGGCUGAUGUGGUAGAAACUGAGGACCAUAGGUUUGAGUUCAGGGCACCCUCAUGGAUAACUUUCCCCAGUGUAACAUCUUCUCAAAGGAGAAAGUCAUCAGUGUCUGAGGCAGAUGUUGAUGGGAAGAAUAAUGUAGAAGGCAAGAACUUGGGAAAUGUUGGAGGGGGAGGUGAUGUUUUGAGAAGCCUUGAGGAAGAGAUUGGUCCUGCUUCUCCUGGAGAGAGGCUGUUCUUGCAGCACAACUUCUAA